GCAGUCUGUCGCUCGCACCCCACCAUUUUUGUCCGCGAAUCUGUUUUCUGACAAUAUACUCAAGAUAUUUUGCCUUCCUUGCCAUAAUACAUCGAUUUAGAGCGAAAAGAGAAAAAUGUCAACUCCAGAAAUCCGAGCUUGCGGUCUGUCAAAGGAUGUGACACUAGCAGUCCUGCCAAGACUGUAUUUGGAGGAAAUACUCAUAGAACUCACACGUAGGAACAUCAGCACUGAGUACAGUAGUAGGGAACAUCUGGUGACGGUACUUCGCGAUGUGAUCGAAUACGAAUAUCGUACAGCAAAUCCAGAAGCUGUACAAAAGGGUGUAGAGUACGGUGUGGCAUGGAGCGAUCAACGCAAACGUGCGCCGUUUCCAGCCAAUCCGCGUACAGAUAUGCAACAGUUCACAAGCGAAGCGAAUUUUCCCAGCGCGUACGCACAGACGAUGUCGAGUAUCUGGUCCCCUCCUAUUCCGGUAACCCAGUACAGCUCGACUUCGGUCGAGAAUUCCGCCAACAAGACGACGCGAGAAGACUACACGAACUUUAGCAUAUUCCCGACAUUCACUGCGAUGCACAAACCGGCAUCAUUUGGGAAGACUCCCCCUAGACAAGAUACUAGUAAUCCGGAGGCUAACUUCAGCGCCAAAACCAAGGACACUUCUCAAAGUCAAACAGAGAUAGUCAUGGUACGAGGACCGCCGUCAAACGUUGAAGAUGCAUCAUGGGAUACCAACGAAUCGGAUGUCUUGGAGCGACUGGUUCCGACCAAGAGCGAUACAGCGGUCGCUGGUGAUGCCAAACCAUCCCACAGUAAUACAGAACCCUCCACGCAACAAGAGGAGACUAAAGAAACCAAAUCCGAGGAUGCGACGGUUUCGAAGAAAAAGCCCAAAGAGUCGUCUUCGGCGAGCGGAAAACGGCGAAGGCCGAGGAAGGCGACGCCAACCAAGAGGGGGACGAAAGCGAAGAAGAAAAAGUUGAAAAUCGACGAAGUUUGGUCGGGUUCUGACUCUGAGGGAGAUUCUGACCUCACAGCGGUACCCAAGGCAGUUCGUAAAGGUGGCCAGGACGGUUGUGAGGGUGGUGAGGAAGAUGUCUACCACUGUCCACAGUGUGAAUACACCUCUAAGGUCAAGGUCAACAUGCAGCACCACAUCCGGACCCACACCGGCGAGAAACCCUUCAAAUGCUCCGAGUGCGACUACUCGGCCUCCCAGAAAGUCCACCUGGACACGCACAUGACCCGCCACACGGGCGAGCGCUCGUACAUGUGCGAGGAGUGUGGGCACAGGACGGCCUUCAGGUGCAACCUGGUCAGGCACCUGCGGACCCACACGGGCGAGAAACCCUACAAGUGCGAGCUGUGCAGCUACCGGGCCAUCCGCCGGACGCACCUGACCAAUCACAUGCGAACGCACACCGGGGAGAAACCCUUCAUGUGUGAAGAGUGCGGGCACAUGACUACAGACAAGACCAGUCUCAUAAGGCACAAGAGGAACCACACUAGUGACAAAUUUCACAUGUGAAUGAGAUACUGAAUAUUGGAUCUUUCUUUUGCACAACCAGUAUAGUCUCUCACCUGCUUUUAACCCUUGUCCUGCGGAGCACAACAAUUGUUGUUCUGCACAUACAGUACCAUCUAUAUACAUGUAGCACCCUGUAUAGGUAC